AUGUUUUAUGCGUGCCUUUCAAUUCUUUUACUAUUAUUAAUUUCAUUGGCUUGUGUUUGUUUGUCUAUAAUUGAUCUGGAAACUUAUAAUUUUGGUCUUUAUAUUGUUUUGCUUUGCAUUGUUGGUACAAUGCUUGCAUGUGCUUUAUGUGUGGCUAACCCAAAUGCAUGCCCAAAUCCUGGAUGGUACUCCAAUUUUUGUUUAAUGCUUCAAGAAAUGUAUCCAAGUCCAGAAGAUUCAGUUAAAGCAGCCAUCGCUUCACCUGAAAUGAAUGGUCUUCGUUCUAGAAUGAUGGCACAUUAUGGAGUAAAUGUGAAUCAAAUGGGAGGAGAACAACAACAACAACCAACCUCAAGUAGUGGUGAAGGGGGAAGAUUAACGUUAAGAAUCGAGAGCAACAGUAGCAAUGCUUGCCCCAGCCGUUCAUAUAAUGCACCAAGUAUGGAGAGGAAUGGCUUGGGUUGCUGA